UAGUGUGAGUGUUUCUGGCUUCAGCUCACUGUGUGGGGCUGAUCCUCCUGAAACACUCCUUCACACCCAGGCUGGGCUUUGGAGCAUGCAGAACAUGCUGACAGUGAUUGCAAACACACUUAAGGGUGGUGCCAAAAUAAAUGGCUCCAGAAUUGUGGUAUCAGCACGUUCUUUUGCUGAUUUGACACCUCAGGCCAGCUUUGACAUCAAGAGAUGUGACCUUCAUCGCUUGGAUGAAGGCCCUUCAGUGCAGACGGUGCUCACCAGAGAGGAAGGACUCAGGUACUACCGCACUAUGCAGACCAUGAGACGCAUGGAACUGAAGGCAGAUCAGCUCUACAAGCAGAAGAUCAUACGAGGGUUCUGUCAUCUUUAUGAUGGGCAGGAGGCCUGUGCUGUAGGCAUUGAGGCCGGUAUCAGUCCAACGGAUCACCUGAUCACAGCAUAUAGGUCUCAUGGUUACACCUACACCAGAGGUGUGUCUGUGAAAGAGAUCAUGGCAGAGCUCACAGGUCGAAGGGGUGGUGUUGCCAAAGGCAAGGGCGGCUCUAUGCACAUGUAUGCCAAGAAUUUCUAUGGCGGGAAUGGUAUUGUUGGUGCCCAGGUUCCUCUUGGAGCAGGCGUGGCCCUGGCAUGCCAGUAUCAGGGUAAGAAUGAGGUUUGUGUCACUCUUUAUGGGGAUGGAGCUGCUAAUCAUGUGAGAGCAAAUUUUCCUCCAUGUGUUCACAGGUUUGCGUGCGACCUGCAGCUGCAAAAUAAUAUCUUAUCUGAUUAAUCCCUUUAUCAGGGCCAGAUCUUUGAGUCGUUUAACAUGGCAGCUUUGUGGAAACUCCCCUGUAUUUUCAU